AUGUUGAAUAUCGUCAAGACUUGCGAAGAUGGUUUUAAGCUGAUUCUCAACUUUGCCAGUGCUUCAGACAUUACAAAGGACCUGGCUGCUCUUGGAGAUUAUAUGUUACCUCAUCGCAUCUCCGACGCAGUCCUUGUGGAUAGCUUCAACGACGGAGAUGAUCGAGAAUCCUGCUACAAAAACUUCAUUCGAAAGACAGGAUCCAAUUUUGGCUAUAAUUGGGCUCCCAAGAUUGCCCUACUCGGUAUCUGGCAGUCUGCGUGA